AUGCCAGAUAUUAAAAUAACUCCUUUAGGCGCGGGCCAGGAUGUCGGCCGAAGUUGCAUUUUGUUAUCAAUGGGUGGGAAAAAUAUAAUGUUGGAUUGUGGAAUGCACAUGGGUUACAAUGACGAGAGGCGAUUUCCUGAUUUUUCUUACAUAGUUCCUGAAGGUCCUAUAACAAGCCAGAUUGAUUGUGUUAUCAUUUCUCACUUUCAUCUAGAUCAUUGUGGCGCAUUGCCGUAUAUGUCGGAAAUGGUUGGUUAUACAGGUCCAAUUUAUAUGACCCAUCCCACGAAAGCAAUUGCUCCUAUUUUGUUGGAAGACAUGAGAAAAGUUGCAGUUGAAAGAAAAGGUGAGUCAAAUUUCUUCACGUCACAGAUGAUAAAGGAUUGUAUCAAAAAAGUGACUGCUGUCACAUUACACCAGUCGGUGAUGGUAGAUAAUGAGUUGGAAAUAAAAGCAUAUUAUGCAGGACAUGUACUUGGUGCUGCUAUGUUUUGGAUCAGAGUUGGUUCUCAGUCUGUUGUUUAUACUGGAGACUACAAUAUGACUCCAGACAGACACUUAGGUGCAGCUUGGAUUGAUAAAUGCCGGCCAGAUCUAUUGAUUUCAGAAUCAACUUAUGCAACUACUAUAAGAGAUUCUAAGAGAUGCCGUGAGAGAGAUUUUCUAAAGAAAGUUCAUGAAUGUGUUGAAAAAGGUGGCAAAGUAUUAAUCCCUGUGUUUGCAUUGGGCAGAGCUCAAGAACUAUGCAUUUUAUUAGAAACUUAUUGGGAACGCAUGAAUUUAAAAUAUCCAGUUUACUUUGCCUUAGGUUUAACCGAAAAAGCUAACAAUUAUUACAAAAUGUUCAUUACAUGGACUAAUCAGAAAAUCCGUAAGACUUUUGUCCAAAGAAACAUGUUUGAUUUCAAACACAUCAAGCCAUUUGACAAGUCAUACAUAGACAACCCGGGUGCUAUGGUGGUCUUUGCCACACCAGGAAUGUUACAUGCAGGUUUAUCCCUAAACAUAUUCAAGAAAUGGGCACCAUAUGAACAAAAUAUGUUGAUUAUGCCAGGAUUCUGUGUGCAAGGUACAGUUGGCCACAAAAUUUUAAAUGGUGCCAAAAAAAUUGAAUUUGAAAACCGACAAGUUGUUGAAGUGAAAAUGGCUGUAGAAUACAUGUCUUUUUCUGCCCAUGCAGAUGCAAAGGGUAUAAUGCAACUUAUUCAAUACUGUGAACCAAAGAAUGUCCUGCUAGUGCAUGGGGAAGCUCAAAAAAUGGAAUUUUUAAAGGAUAAAAUUGAAAAAGAAUUUAAAAUCAGUUGCUAUAUGCCAGCUAAUGGAGAGACAGCCAUUAUUAAUACACCUACAAAAAUUCCUAUAGAUGUUUCUUUGAGAUUACUAAAAGCAGAAGCUGUGAGGUACAAUGCUCAACCCCCCGACCCCAAGAGAAGGCGAGUUGUACAUGGUGUGCUCUGUGUAAAAGAUAAUAGAUUGUCAUUCCUAGAUAUAGAUGAGAUCUGUGAUGAAAUAGGCAUUAACAGGCACGUAAUUAGGUUUACUAGCACUGUACGAUUUGAUGACCCCGGCUCAGCUGUGAAAACUGCAGAAAAACUAAAAUCUCUUUUAGCUGAGAAACUUCAAGGGUGGUCCAUUACAAUCUCUGAUGGCAACAUAUCUGUAGAAUCCGUUCUCAUUAAAGUGGAAGGUGACGAUGACAACACUAAGAGCAUUUAUGUCUCAUGGACUAAUCAGGAUGAGGAUUUGGGUAGUUAUAUAUUAGGCUUGUUACAAUCAAUGGUACAG